AUGGAGCAGAAAGAUGGCGAGGGAGCUGCAGCGCACGAGCCGCAGUGCGGCUUUCCGCCAGAGGUGUGGGGGCACUGCUUUUCUCUCCUGGAGGACGUGUGCUCUGAAUGGGCGCAGCUGGCCUGGCGGGAGUGCCGCACUCUGAACCUGGCCCGUUAUGCGGAAGCCAUCACUGGAUCCCCGUCGUGCUUCCUCUUUGGCGAGGAGGGGCUCCUUCAUCGUUGCAAGAAAGUGGAAGAGCUCAACCUGCGUAAGGCGCGCAUCGGCAACACUCAAAUCGAACGCGUGCUCACCUAUUGGCCCACCCUGCGCCGCCUCAACCUGAGUUGCAUUGUCAGAGUAAACGGAGUCACGCUGGGGUUGAUCGGCGCUCACCUGGGCUCGAGGCUCACUCACCUGAGCCUGGAAAGCUGUCGCAAGCUACGAGACUCCAGCUUCGUUGAGGUGCUCAACAUCCAGGGCCUGGACAAGCUGACCGACGCUGGACUCGCCCACCUCGCGGCCAACAACACCGAGUUGCGGGACCUGGACAUGCAGUCGUGUUCCGCCGAGAUCACAAGGAAGGCCAUCAAGAAGCUGGUGCGGCGUGCCUCGGGUCUCCGCAGGCUGAUACUCAAGUUCUGCCGUCCGGUCGACGAUAGCGUACUGCGCGUGAUCGGCGAUUCGCUGGGCCCAAGUCUGGAGGUGGUCGAAUUUCAGGGCUGUCCGUCGGAGCAAAUCACUGAUGCCGGCGUGAUUCACCUUGUGUCGCGCUGCCACCGACUGCAGAGAUUGAAUCUGAUCGGGCUGAGACAGCUGACCGACGCUACUCUGGCGGCGGUCGCUCAGCACCUCGAGUACGUCGUGGAGCUGGAGAUGAAGGAGUGCACCGGCAUCACCGACGAGGGCCUCCGGCACCUGGCGCAAGGCGCCAACCACCGCCUCUGCACAUUCAACUUUGAGUUCUGCCACGAGAUCACCGACGUCGGCAUCGCCGAGCUGUGCGCUCUGGCGCGGUCGCGAAAGGAGAAAGCCGGGGGCAGCAGCUACACCCCGGUUCGGAUCCUCAACGUCGGCCACCUGCCCCGGCUCACGGGCCGCUCCCUCGCGCUCAUCGUACAGGACAUCGCCGCCGACCUGCACUCGCUCAACCUGUCCGACUGCGCGCUCAUCGACGAAGAAUCAGUGCUGGCGGUGCUGCGGGCCUGCUCUCGGCUCAAGGUGAUCAAUCUCAAGGGCCUCCCGCUGCUCACUGACCGCGUGCUGGAGGACAUCCUCGCCCACGACUGCUACGCGUUGGAGAAGCUGCAGGUCGGCGGGCACGACAACAGCUUCACGCGGGACUGUCUCGAUUCCUUCGUCCGCCGUAAGCGGCCCGGCGUGGUACUCAACGUCGCCUCACUCCUCGCGCUCCAACACGCAGCAACGUAG